AUGGGAAGGAGCAGGAGUCGAACUCCUCCAAGGCGCGAGAGAAGACGUUCAACUUCACGAGAACGUGAUAGAAGAAGAAGAGAGAGAGAUCGUUCACGAGAUCGUGACAGAGACCGGCGAAGAAGUCGCUCACGAUCUCCCCACAGGAGGCGUUCAAGGUCCCCUCGACGCCAUCGCUCUAGCUCGCUCUCUCCUUUGAGGCAAAAAGACAGACGUGAAGAUGACCGUAAAGAGAAGUCGUCAAAACCUAUUCAAAUAUCGGCUGAGGACAUGCAAGGCAAAACUGAAGAAGAAAUUGAGAUGAUGAAACUAAUGGGAUUUUCAACAUUUGAUUCUACGAAGGGGAAGAAAAGUGAAGGAGCUACCAAUGCUUAUGCUGUCAAUACAACCAUGAAAAGAAAAUACAGGCAAUACAUGAACAGGAAGGGUGGAUUUAACAGACCUCUGGACUUCAUCGCAUGA